AUGGCCUCGGAUUUGGAGUUGGGAGGCCAGCAGCCGGGUCCCGGUUCCUCUGCAUGUCCACGUCCCCCCCCUCCGGGGGCCCGUCCCCCCCCCUCCGGGGGCCCGUCCCCCCCCUCCGUCCUCAGACACCUGACCUCCAGGAUCACGGCCACUGGCCCCGUGUCCGUGGCCGAGUACAUGAGGGAGGUGCUGACCAACCCCGCCACGGGUUAUUAUGUGAAGGGCAACAUGUUGGGAGCUGGAGGCGACUUCAUCACUUCUCCUGAGAUCAGCCAGGUCUUCGGCGAGCUGCUCGGCGUGUGGGUCAUCAGCGAGUGGAUGGGGGCGGGGCUGCCCAAGCAGCUGCAGCUGGUGGAGCUGGGACCCGGGACGGGAUCGCUGGCCGGGGACGUCCUCAGGGUGUUCAGCCAGCUGCGCUCGGUUCUGGGCGGCGCCUCCGUGUCGCUCCACCUGGUGGAGGUGAGUCCAGCUCUGAGUCUGGUCCAGGCCCAGAACCUGACAGGAGACCGGCACCAGGCGGCGGACCGCGAGGAUGAUCCGGUCUACCGCCGCGGCGAGACUGCAGCCGGGCUGCCGGUGUCGUGGUACCGCUGCCUAGACGACGUCCGUGCAGGUUUCAGCAUUUUCCUGGCUCACGAGUUCUUCGACGCUUUACCGAUCCACAAAUUCCAGAGGACAGCGAAGGGCUGGAGGGAGGUGCUGGUGGACAUCGACCCAGAGAAGCCGGACGCGCUGAGGUUCGUCAUGGCGCCGUCGGCAACCCUGGCCUCGUCCACGCUCGUGCAGGCAGAUGAAAGGCGGGAUCAUGUGGAGGUGUGUGCAGAGGGCGGGGUCGUGGUGCAGCAGCUGGCCCGGCGGAUCGUGCAGGACGGCGGUGCCGCGCUGAUCGCCGACUACGGCCAUGACGGGACCAAGACGGACACGUUCAGGGGCUUUAAAGAUCACCGGCUCCAUGACGUGCUGUCGGCCCCGGGCUCGGCCGACCUCACGGCCGACGUGGACUUCAGCUACCUGCGGAGGAUGGCCGGGGGGGCCGUGGCUGGGGGGGCCGUGGCCGGGGGGGCCGGGGGGGCCGUGGCCUGCCUGGGGCCCGUCACUCAGAGGACCUUCCUCAACAACAUGGGCAUCGACAUGCGGAUGCAGGUCCUGCUGAGGAACUGCAGCGAUGCGUCCACCAGGAGGCAGCUGCUCAGCAGCUACGACAUGCUCACCAACCCCUCCAAGAUGGGCGAGCGCUUCCACUUCUUCAGCCUGCUGCACCCCAGCCGCCUGGCCACGCCCGCCCCCCCGGGGGGGCUGAAGCUGGACCAGAAGAGCCCGGCGCCCCUGCCCGUGGCCGGCUUCACCGAGGCCGGCUGCUCCUGACCCGGAGCCUCAUCUGGACCCGGAGACAUGAGCAAACCUCUCUGAUCCAACACAGUCUGGACCUCAACAUGGACAACGCUAUUUAUUUUCAAAUCCAAAGGAAUCAAGGACGUCCACCGAAGCGGGCUGUGGUCGCCGUGGCAACGGCACGAGCUGCUCCUGCAGACGGGUUAAACGGAUGAAAUGAAAUUGUGACAGCAGAGCAGAUGAAAGCGUUGAGCCGGAACGUUUCUAUCGGGUCAACCUCCAUGUGUGUACGAGCACGACUGCAGCGCUGCUGAGCCCAAUAAAAGGUUUACGUCAGUA